GAUGGUCGUCGCUACGAAGUCAAGAAUGAUGAGGUUACCCGUAUAUAUGAUAGAUCUCUCGUGAGAACGAGCACGGAUGUUGAGACUUGCGAGAAGUUUACGCUACGCGAUGAUGGGACCCGGUCUGUAUUGAAUUCGAGAGGUGAACUGUUCGUCUCUUUUCCAGAUGGUACUCAAAUAAUUACCGGCUAUAUGAUUGAGGAGGAGCCAUUGUUAUGUGACUGGAGUGAGGAUGAAUUUAGGAGAUUCUUCGUGAGUGACCCUGACGUCAAUUUGAGCGAACGACAAAACGACGAAGCAAUUUCAUCGGGUUUGAGCAACGUGACUCGGACGGAUUCGUAUCGAUCUGAAUUUCAUAGGGCAACCAGAGUUGGUGACAGAGUUGAGAUGUUAUUGUCGGACGCAUUCGUAUCAGUUCUACUGACUUGUCGCAUGGAGCACAAGUGUUACGCAACAGUCGCCUACGACUCGAUAAAAAAUAGUUGCCGGUUGUCGAUGCCUGAUGAAGUUGAAAUGGAAAUAUCGAAGGAAGGCUUCUUCGACGUUCGGGUCGGUCAGACCACUCAACUUUCGAUCCAAGAUGAUGAAUUGACAUUUUCGUCGAAAAUGAAUGCGCAUGCUCGGAGUGUGUCCAUUUUUAAUUUACUAAAAACAAAACUGAACGAUGAAGCAAUCGGUGAGAGCAAAAUGCUGCUCGUCACUACUGACUCUCAGGGAAAAACUUUUAAGCUCAAACGCGAUGGCACCAUCAUCCAUGAUAAUCGCUCAUCAUCAAAAUCCUCGAAAAAGGCCCACAGAUUAUUCGCCAUCAAUCGAGAUUUAACAGGUUUUGAGUACUUGCACAAAUCCGAACGGGAUCAUUGCUUAGGCAGAGUUAAUUCAACGCAAGGAUCUCAAUUUAUUUUCAUCCCCAUUUUGGCAUACGAUUUUCCGGAAUAUCGAUUGUUUUUAAAUCCCCUUGAACCAAUCGAUUUUUCGAAAAAAUGGCUUCUGAAGCUUCGGCCGAUCGUCAAACGCAGUCAAGAUCGGCUUGGUUUUUUACCAAGUACUUAUGUGAACCCAUACGAUUGGUUAUUUCCGUUUGGCAAUGCAGCAACGAGCGUGAGAAAGCCUCAGAAAUCUACAUCCGAAAAUAAUUACAAAGUUGCGACUUUGAACGUACUGCUAGGAAUUGCAAACGAAGGGGAUCGCUUUUUGGACGAAGUCGAAAAAGCUGUUGCUCGUUAUCGUCUGGCGCCAAAUAAGACGUUCGAUGAUGAUCCAUCGUUCGAAAACAAAUCAUCUAUCAUCAACUUAUUUGCAAGGCAGAUUGAACAUUUUUUGGAAAACCUGUCAUUAGGAAUUGAUAUGAACACCGACGUCAUUGGAUAUCUCGAAAAUUUAUCAACGAAAAUAACUGACCAAAAAUUAGGUCAAGUUUACGAAUCUUUGAAGCGCAGCAAACAAAAGAAGCAGCAGCUGUCGUCGAGAACGAAGGAUUUUCAGUGGUACGAGCGAUGCUUCAGAGAACGAAUAAUCCUUCCGUAUUUUAAAACGAUCCAAGGUUCUUGUUUUCUGUGGAUUAUCGAUUGCGUGGAUAGAGCUUUGCAGCUCGUAGAAUAAUAGCAGAGAAAAUGGAAAAGAACGAUGAGUAGAAAAUACUGGAGUAGUGGAAGGUGGACAGAAAUGCUGCUUCUUCCGUGCACAUAACAUUUUCUUUAGUAUACUACCAAUUUCGAAUUCAUGUAAUCUAUUUUCUUUGCAACUCUGUGAUUUUUCAAUUCACUCUGACCUUGUACCGCUUAUAUUUCAAUGAUAUGAGAC